GCAAAUAGUAAUCCUUACUAUAAAAAUGCUAGUAUGUUUACUUGUUUUUAACCAAACUGUUGAGUUUACUUAAAACGGUUAAUUGUUCUUUAAAUGUUACACUACAAAGUUCACAUAACUAAUGCAAUUUAAGUAAACUUACUCAAAAUAUCCAAGACGUUCUAUUGAGCAUGCGCAUUUGAGCACAUUUCCCCUCCCCCACACCUGGACGAAGCACAUGGAGUGACUCCUGAGGAAGAUUCUCAAAGGAAGUUUUAACAUUACCCUCUGCAACUUUAAGAUAACCUUCUGAUUUCCUUCUGCCAUGCAGUGGAAAUAAUUCAGGAGAAGCAUUAAAAAACCUAGACGAUUUGAAGUAAAUUUUUUGCCAAAUUUUCCUAACAGGGAGAAUGAAGACAGUCAAGAACGCCUGAGAAAAGAACUUGUAGAAGAAAUGAAAAAGAAGAGCCGAGACAUGAGCCUCAUUGGCUAAAAGAUGGAUAGUACAUUUGCCCUGAGACGGAAGGAAAUCAUUCACUCUGAACCUCCUGUUUCUGAGAUCUUGGAAAAAUGGCCAGCACUUUUCACAGAAAGCCAGAUCUUUGCAGAAUUCAAUCGUAUAUCUGGCAAGAAUCUGCGAUCUGAAUUCUAUGCAGCACUGGACAAACACACUGCACGUUUCCUUGAAAUUUUCCGGAAGAAAGGGGGAACUCAAGGACGAACACUUGAUGAGAUUUUACGUCAGGUUGAUUUAAAGUCAUCUGAUGUAUCUUGUGUGCGUACAGCUGUACUUCAUGGACUUCCAGUUCUCCUGGGGGAUGACUCGGAUGAGUUUUUCAAGACGUGCUUUGAUUCUGAUGUAGAUGCAGACUUCAGCCAAAUUGAUGUUGGCCUGCUUACAGUUCUACCUGAAGACAUGCCUGCCAGAACUCCACAUGCACUCAACACUAACGCAAUAAGGGAAAUCAUUCUGGAGGGAAAAUUUGUCAUGGACGAUGUCCGAAGCUUGCCACAUGCUGUAUGUCUCCUUUUUGCUUUAAUCUAUGCUCUAAAUUUAGACUACCCAAAGACAAUGAGGAAUACAUUUGAAUUUAUUCAGAGGGUAUUUCUGUCUUUAGGAGGUAAGAACCUGAAACCCAAACUCCAAACUCUAAAAAAUCAGCUUUUAACCUAAUGUCUUUUCUUUUGGCCUUGGGUGCCUAUGCUAACCGUUAAAGGUAUAAUUCACCCAACAAUUCUGUCAUCAUUUACUCACUUUCAUGUUGUUACAAACCUGCCUAAAUUGAAGAUAUUUUGAGAAAUGUUUGCAACCAAACUGUUCAUGGACCCCAUUGACUUCCAUAGUAGGAUAAAAGA